CUAGCGUGUGUCCAUUCGACAUUCCGACCUCCAUGAGAGAGCUAUGCCAUGCCGCUUUGGGCAACCUUCCUCCUAGUUAGAGGCCAUCCUGCGGGCCAGGUCUUGCUCGAUCCUGGAACAGGGGACGAGAGCCUACAGGCCUCAGAAUGGGUGCUCGGAAUAGUCCAGCCAAUCCUAGAUCCCGGUCAAGCAGGGUUGGACCUCUACCCGCACGACUCUGUUAACCUCCUCUCCAAACGAAUGGCUCACGGCUACUCAUUAAGAUCUGGUAUAUAUGGUGGUGAAUCUCUUCCUCACCCAUCUUCAGAAAGACUCCUUCUCUAUCACCACUUUCUUUUCCUUAAGGUGGACAUUACUGUCGCUUCUUUCUUAUUUGGAAGUCUAGGUCAUUCGUUUUCCUACUUCCGCCCUUCAUUUUCUUGUUAUAUACAGUAAUUAUAAGAAGAACCACAUUCUCUACAAGAAUUUCUCAACCAUCACCUAUCCAGGACAGAGUAAAGUCAAAAUGAAGUACUCCUUCACGCUUGUUACCCUGGCUGCUGGCAUCAGCCAGGUCACGGCCACGGGCUUCUUCGGAUUUCACAAUGCCCCCCAAUUCAGCUGCCCCGAUAACACGGACAAUGUGUGUAUCCCCGACAUCGUGAAGGGUAUCGACUGGUCCGACCUCUCCUUCGGUGCAUUCGACUCGUACAAGGGAUUCAAGUGGAGCGGCUUCACUUGCAGCGAGAAGUUUGGCAAGCGGGAUGAGUUGACUGCCCGGACUUUCCAGAGCAAGUGUAUUACCGGAAAGGCUCAACAGGACAAGGAGAGCAGCCCUAAGAUCAGCUGUGACAACAGCAAGGGUGUCAAGAAGACAUCCAUCAAGAAGUUCCAAGUUUCGCCUGAGUUCGACUGUGACUUGGAGUUCCACUACACCAUGCCCGACGGAUCUGCUUGCAAGCACCGAUCUUCUUGCAAGGCAUCCGGUACCGUCGUCGAGAACACCCAGUGCGGUGGUGCUACCGACGUUACUGUCGUCUACCCUAAGCAGCCCUCUAAGCCCAAGGACUCUUGCGACUUUGGCAUUCACCACAUCGACUUCGACUGCGAGGCCCCUAAGCCCUCUAAGCCGUCGAAGCCCGACACUCCCUCCAGCAGCUCUGUUGUCGUGAGCAGUAGCUCUUCGUUCCCUGCCACCAGCCUUUCCAGCAGCUCUGUUGCUGUGUCCAGCAGUGCUUCGUACCCCGCCAGCAGCGCGUCUGAGUCGUCGUCUGUCGUCGUCGUCUCUUCCAGCUCUGCCAGUGCCCCCGAGUCGACCAGCUCGGCGUCCGCUACCACUAGCGUUCCCAUUGGCGUUUCGUCCACCGUCAGCGUCCCCAUUGAAAGCGCCAGCGCUUCUUCGGCACCUACCCUCCCUUACCCCGUUGUCAACAGCACCACCUCUGCUACCGAGGCUGCCAGCUCUACCGCUGAUGUCUCUUCUUUCUCUGUUACCAGCUACUUGACUACUUCUACUGUUUUCACUACCUCGGUCCAGACCAUCACUAGCUGUGGUCCUUCCGUUCCCAACUGCCCUGCUGGCUCGAACACGGUUGUCACCGUCACCGUCCCCCUUUCUACCACCAUCUGCCCUGUUACUGAGACUAUUGGUGUCUCUACCCCGGCUGUUUCUACUCCGGCUGUUUCUACUCCGGCUGUUUCUGCCCCCGCUACUAAACCCACUGAGUCUGCCGCCAAGCCCACCGAGUCUUCCGUCGAGUCGACUCCUACUGGUCCCUCUGGUACUUCCCCUGCUUCCAGCAGCAGCAGCACCCCUGCCGGCCCCGUCGAGACUCUCCCUUGCCCUAACGUUGUUCCCUCUUGCCUGAACACCUGGAUGUUUAGCGUUGGCUGCAAGGACAACACUGACUCUGCCUGCUACUGCCCUGACGCCAACUUCGUCAAGAACAUCUUCACCUGCUUGUACGCCUACGGUGAGUCUGACGAGAUCAUCUCUGAGGCCAUCAGCUACUUCCAGGGUAUCUGCGCUCCUUUCGUGCCCAGCAACCCCGGCAUUGCCACUGGCGCUGAGACCAUCACCACCAUCCUCACUGCUACCCCCACUGCCCCCCCUGCUGCUGUCACCACCAUCGAGGUUGCCACCACCGUUGUUGUUCCUUGCACCAACGAGGCUGGUGAGACUAUCCCCAGCUCCAGCAGCACUGUGACCAUCAACACCAGCCUGACCGUCCCCGGUAUCGUCUUCAGCACCGCUACCAACGGCCCCAGCUCCACCGGUGUCGUUAUUGUUCCUGGCACCUACGUCGCUACCGUCCCGGUUGCUACUCCUACCGCCCAGACUCCGGUCUCAACCCCGGCCCCGACCGGUGCCGCCCCUUACCCUAUUAUUGGUGGCUCCUCGACUCUGGUCACCGCUGCCCCCUCCGGCACCGGUGUCGUCUACCCGACCUCGGCCCCGAGCAGCAGCUCGGUGAUCGUCACCGCCGGCGCUGCCCACGUCGGUGCUGGCAUGGGCCUUCUCGGCUUUGCCGGUAUGGUCGUCGCCGCCGCCCUAUAAGGCGCGCAAGCAACACAACAACACUAGCAGUAGCCUCAUCGCAGGCGAGUUUCUUUCUCUGUACAGUACAAACAUGACCACUGCCGUCACAUAAGAUUCUUACGAUCCUUACGAACGAACUUGCAUAUCUUUGGGAACCUGGCAAAAAGAAAGAUGGGUUUUCUUUUUAAUUUAAACCGGCACACUGCGGUGGGUCGGUGGAGUGGCUUCUCCCGUGUCUCGAUGACGGCGAGUUGGGAGAGGCGGUGGAGCGGCUUGGGUGGUGGAGUGUGUAUAAAAAGCAUGGAUGGACUUGUAGUAAUAGUAAUACCCCGAUAAAUUAUAGCUGAGCUUGAACUUU